UUCGUGUGAGCGCGUGACUGCGUAGCGCUUUGUGGACUUAGUUCGUGAACUGUGAGCUUGGUGCCUAUGCCAUAGAAGAUAGUACUUGCUUAUGCUUGCGGUUCGACAAUGUUGAUUUCUGCGGGCUCGGGCCCAACAGACUUCUCGCCGGCCUCCUGUUGCGCGUCCUGGAAGAUGGAGCCGGCACCGGCGCCAGCGGCGAUCACACAGCCUCUUAAUAUAUCACCAAAUGUUCCAGUUUCUCCAUCAUCUUCCGGCGGAGGCAGCUCAUCACUGUAUCCCGGAGGAGCAUCACAUCCCCUCUCAUCGCUUCUUUCGCAACAGAGGCUAUUAGAGCUGUCGCGUUUCGGUCUGCGGCAUUAUGACAUCGCUCAUCACGUGCUGUCUCAGCAAGGUGCUGUUACCAAGCUUCUUGGUACACUUCGCCCACCAGGCCUGAUCGGUGGAAGUAAGCCAAAAGUUGCAACACCUGCCGUCGUUUCAAAGAUAGAACAAUACAAACGUGAAAACCCGACAAUUUUUGCGUGGGAGAUUCGGGAGCGACUGAUUUCUGAAGGUGUAUGUACGAACGCAACAGCUCCUAGCGUAUCUUCGAUCAAUAGAAUACUGAGAAACCGGGCUGCUGAACGAGCCGCGGCGGAGUUUGCGAGGGCUGCGGGCUACGGGUUGUAUGCUGCCCCUCCGCCGUACGGCAGCUUCCCAUGGGGCGGAAGCGGUGGGGUGUGGCCGCAUGGUAGCUUGCCUCUCCCACCAGGUGUAGCUGCACCGUCGGUAGGCGUGCCUCACCCAGAUGCGAUGAAACAAGGCUUCUUAUCAUCAACGGGGAGAGGGCUUAUUGAUGUCGACGGUGAUGACUCGGGAUCUUUAGACGGUGAACAACCAAAGUUUAGACGGAAUAGAACCACAUUUAGUCCAGAUCAAUUAGAAGAACUUGAAAAGGAAUUUGAAAAGUCACAUUACCCCUGUGUGUCUACGAGAGAGAGGCUCGCUUCUAAAACAUCUCUUUCCGAGGCUCGUGUACAGGUUUGGUUUUCCAACAGACGAGCCAAGUGGAGGCGCCACCAGCGCAUGAACCUCCUCAAGCGCGGUGGCGGCUCACCUUCGCACCGCCUCCCACACUCACCUUCCCGUUCCCGAUCGCGUUCUUUGUCCCCGACGCGCAUUGCCUAUCACGCACCACAAAUGGGCGGAGAGAAUAGCGCGUUCAAGGCCCUCUCUCAUGACGCUAACGCCAUGAAGGCUCUAUCUCACGCUCAGUUCGAGACGAACGCGCUCAAAGCGCUUUCCCAGCAGACGUUCGAUUUUAAACCACACCCUGGACUGGAGAGCAGCGCGUUCAAAGCCUUUGUACCCAACUCCGCAGCGGCCCUGCUCGCUGCGCAGUCAAUGCAAUUGUCCAGAUACGAGUCUGAUUCAGAUGAGGAGAUAAAUGUGCAUGAUGAGAGCGAAGACGAAGGCGUAAAGCAAAAAAAGGCUAGGUCAAGAUCAAGCAGUCCCUGUCGACAGAGGUCUAACGAUUUGCCCCUACAAUUAACGAAACAUGAUCGUUGAUUUGUAUGUAAUGCAAUUAAUUGUAAAUUUAUGUAAAUAUGUAGAUA